AUCAGCGCUGUCAACCUGCAACUGCAGCAUUUGACUCUGCCAUUUGCCACUUUUUGGAUUUUGUAGUUUGUACGUCCAAUAUUUUCUUGAUAUCAUCCAGCUGCUGAUCAGCCAUUACGAGGGAAUUUUUGUUCAUGCUGUUUUUGAUUUCCUGAAUGCGUUGAUUUCGUUAGGCGUCAGAGCGUAAUCAUUAAUGGAGACGCGUCGCUCGAGUGACAGCAGCCAGAGCGCGGGACCCUCCGGCUGCAGCAGCAGUCAGACGGCCACAAAGCGCAGCCAUCCCUCCCCGCCCGACGUCGCCCGCGACAUCAUGGCGUCGGGAACCGGCGCUACCACCAGCCAUGGGGAGCUGGCGCAGGCCAAGCGAUCACCCGCCCGAGCGCACCAGCCAUCUUCUGCGACGGCGGCCGCCAGUGGCGAGGGUGAGGACGACGGCAGUCUGCUGCACGCCAGCGACUCGCAUCCCGAACCCGGCACACUGCCCGCGGGGAAGACAGGCCGCAAGCAGAAGGCGGUUGUGCAGCAGCCCGUGAAGGAUCCGGAAUCCGGGCAACUAUACCGUUGUUUGGUGAUUGACUAUGAGCAGGAAAAUGAGAGUGAGAAAUAUCCUUUUAUAACGGAAAAGACGGUAUCGGCUGAAGCGUUAUUGACUCAGUUAAAACUUGAGGAGAACUCCUUGGAGAAGUUCGGCGUAACACCGGUGGAGGAUGCUGUUGCCCACAUUGUGCAGUCACGGAAGAGAGUGUAUUUACCGUGCACGGAGUCCGAGAAUGGUUUGGAGAGCGUUAAGCGCUCUUUACGACAAAAAUUGAUUAAGAACGCAUUCAAAUUCGAAAUCGAGGAUUUUGCCAAUGAGGAGGGAUUUAAGGACUUUAUAAAGAAGUGCGCGGAAAAGGAUAAAGGUGAUGCGACAUGGUUCGCAGGAGUCUUGGCAGAAGCCAGCCGUGACGUAGAUGUCAGCGAGGUGAUAGAUGUUCCCGGUCAUAUCGAGCGCCAACUGCUGCUGCAUGAUCGCGAGGCGUUGUAUGGGGAAAUAGUGACGGCGAUUAGGCAGAACCAUUUGGAUGAAAUGGACAAGAUCCGACAGGCAGAACCGCGUCAGCUGAAGUUGCUGCGCCAGCGGUUGAUCCAGGAGCGCCUGCAGUUCCAGUCCGAGCAGGAGGCGAAGGCGCGCCUGGCCGCCCAACAGCAGACGCAGCAGCAACACGGCCCCAUGGCGUCCCUGGGCGUGGCCGCCCCCGCCCCCUCCGCCUCCAUCCCGGGUGGCCUACCGCCCUGCUCCGCCGGAAUGGGCCCGACACCGCCCCGAGGACCGCUUGCGGCGCAGACGCCAAUCCACGGCAUGACGGACGCCGGGAUGACGGUGCACCCUUCGGCCCUCGGUUUCCAGACCAUUGUGGACUCCGGCACCCGCACUCAUGAUCCCCAGAGCUUCCUGUCAGCCCACGCUCUGCAGCAGCACCCUCCGCCCGUACAGCCGCAGUUUACCGCGUCGCACCGGCGCGACAUGGACGGCGCGGCGGCCCGGGGACCGAAUUUCGGGAUGGCGAUGCCGGAAGCAGUGGGGGUUUCGUUUUCGCGUCAGACACCCGUGUACGAAUCCGAGGAACACGCCAUGAGGAUGUCGGAGGGCUAUCCGGGGAUGUCCGUCAAUCUCCCGGCGCAGCAGUCCCCGCCCUUCCAGCCGCAGUUCACCGAGUCGCACUGGCGCGACAUGGGCAGCGCGGGUGCCCAGGAACCGAAUUUCGGGAUGGCGAUGCCGGAAGCAGUGGGGUUUCGUUUUCGCGUCAGGCAUCCGUGUACGAAUCCGAGGAAUACGCCGUGA